AUGGACGUAUGGCGCUGCUCUGAGUGCAAAAAGGCAAAGGAGCUCUCAGGGAAGCACCUGGAAGGGAAAACAACAGUGCGCUCAGACUGCUGGCCGUGUGCAAAGAAGUGCACGUUUGUGCGGGAGUCUCCCACAGCAUUCCGAGGUGCGGCGCAGGUGGUGACGGCGCCGUUCCUUUUUAACCCAGUCGCAUCCAUGGCCUCUGAGGGGCCCCUGGCCAUGGCUGCGGCACCUGCUGCAGCAGCAGCAACGGGAGCGGCCUUGAACCCCUUUACGACGGCAGCUGCCUUCCUGAAAAAGUCUCCGUUUUCCAGCACUCCACAGAUGUGGAAGGGCACGGUGGCAAGUAGCAACCCAUUUGCCGCUGCGGCGGCUACGUCUUUUGGGGCCGCGAAACAGCCUGGGACGGAGGCAGCCACACGAGCCAACGUGUUCUCGCGGUCACAGGAGACGUCUCCCAUCGUUAUGCACUCUGUCUCCUCCGCUGACCGACCGCGUCAGUCGCCACCGUUCACCUUCACGUCGACACUUGGGGCCGCUAUGUCUACGGUCAACGACAACGCAACGGCGAAGGGCAGAAAUAGCAGCAAUGGUGGCAACAGAAAUGACGCGCCAGUCUGGAGCUGCUCUGUGUGCAAAAAGGCAAAGGAGCUCUCAGGGAAGCACCUGGAAGGGAAAACAACUGUGCGCUCAGACUGCUGGCCGUGUGCAAAGAAGUGCACGUUUAUUCUCUCCCACCCUGAGCCGUGUGUCUCUUUGGAGGCCUUUGCCCCACUUCCUUUCUCCAUGGCGGCGAUAGUGCCGACAUCACCGCCUAACGCAGCACAGUCUGCUCAUAUCGAUGUGCGUGAUACCAGCCCCAUGACAUCUAUGACGAGUGUUUGGCAGCCUCCGGUGGUUCCCACAAACGACCAGGAGGUCAAUACAUUUGUGAUUAACCGCGGGUCCCAAGGGGCGUCAAUAACGGAUCCGUUGGAGCAGAGAGAGAAGCUGGUCUCUUCGGAGUCCGUUCAUCCAAGCUCCCUCCUCAUCUCGCUUGCACAGACAUUUGAGGGUGAGGUCCUGCGUGGGUAUAGAAGGCAACUUGUGGAUGGGAUACAUCCUCGUACCGCGUGGCAUAAACGUACUUUGUAUGUCUUGGCGCAUGAGAACUGCGGAGACAAACACCUCGCUGCAGCCGGUGUCUCUCAACUGGGAGAUGCUGCCGUAGUAUUUCUUGCGGUGGAGCAUAAGCUUGCGCUGUCGCCGUUGCGACAUAUGCGGCGCAUCUUCUGCCCAGAUGAAUUCACGUUUGCUGCGGCAUGCAUGUACGCAGACACCUUUUUGACUGGGCAACCCACAAACCCGCGGCAGUCCUCGUUUGUUGUGUAUGGGCCGCAAGUGGACCGCACGGUGCCCAUGACACGGUGGGGGCCCAUCAUUGAGGGCUGCAUCCACGCACAGCAGCGGGUGGUGAGCGGGGAGCAGCGGGUGGAGGGGGCACAAAGUAUCUUUCGUCACAGCGGCUGGCUCACGCUGCCGCUGCACGCCACAGCAGAGGCAAUUCGACUGUCAGAGAUGCAGCCGCAAGGUGACACGACGAUGGUCGAAGCAGAUAGCCUGGGCGUUGAUGUCGUACUUUUGGCGAAGACGAUGCAGUUUGAGGAGCUGCCGCAGGCGGCCGCGCUGGCCCUUCCUGUAAAGCCAUUUUGA